AUUUCCGCUUCUUUUCGUUUUCGUUGGAAAUACCGCGAGCACGUGUUGCUAAAAACUUUGAGCAAUUUACCUUGAUUUUCCUUUAAAAAAGUUGUAAAAUCAAUUAAAAAACAGUCAUGACUUCAAAAGCCGAACUUGCUUGCGUUUACUCCGCUUUGCUGCUCGUAGAUGACGAUGUUGCAGUUACGGGAGAGAAAAUCCAAACUAUCUUGAAGGCCGCCAACGUAGAUGUUGAACCUUACUGGCCAGGACUUUUCGCCAAGGCUUUGGAAGGCAUCAACGUCAAGGAACUGAUCACGAACAUCGGUUCCGGUGUUGGAGCUGCUCCAGCUGGUGGUGCAGCGCCUGUUGCUGCCGCUGCUGCUGAGGCCGCCCCACAAAAGGAGGAGAAGAAGAAGGUUGAGUCCGAAGCGGAAUCUGACGAUGACAUGGGCUUCGGUCUUUUCGACUAAAUCCAGGGAUCAAGUGACACGGGUCCAUUUAUUUUGUACAGUUUUAUUGUACGUUGGAAUAAUAAAAAGAAUGUAAAGAA